CGCUGUCCCGGCCCUGAGGCGGCUGCGCGGCCCCGCCGGGCUGGAGGCAGCGGCAGCGCGGGGAGGACGGCCCGGCUGCACCGGUUCUGGUGGCAGGAAGAGAAUACUGACCUGAGAUGGAAGUCAAAACAUCAUUUAGCAAAGCCAGCAGGAUUCCUGAGACUGUAUCUACGUUAAUUAAUGAAGAAUUUGUCUUGGUUCAUCAGAAAUCUGAGGAGACCUCUGGAAACGAUGGGAAGCCACAGCUAAAGGUAUUUUCAGAUGGAGAUGAGGAGCUGGAGAAGGCAAUGGAAGAGAUCCUGCGGGAUUCUGAGAAGGACCAGUAUGUCACUGCACUCCCAGAAGGAUUCAGGGAUGGCAGUGGCCAGGCAGCUGCAGAUGGGUCAGCAGGACAAACAAACCAGCCAGCUUUGCAGCUUGUUUUAGACCCUUCUGCUACAGAAAUCUCUGCACCAAGGCCAUCUUCUCCCAGUGAACCCCUGGAAGAGGACAGUGUGUUGUUUAACAAACUGACUUAUUUGGGUUGUACAAAGGUGUCAGCCCCACGCAAUGAACCAGAAGCUCUGCAUGCCAUGGCAAACAUGAAGUCCUCAAGUCAAACCCCUUUACCUGUAACACUCUAUGUCCCAAACAUUCCGGAAGGCUCUGUAAGAAUAAUCAAUCAAUUGAGCAAUUUGGAGAUAGCCUCGUUUCCCAUCUAUAAAGUGUUGUUUUGUGUGAGGGGACAAAAUGGGACUUCAGAGAGUGACUGCUUUGCAUUCACUGAGAGCAGCUGUGGGACAGAAGAGUUCCAGAUUCAUGUUUUCUCCUGUGAGAUUAAAGAAGCUGUCAGCCGAAUUUUGUAUAGUUUCUCCACGGCAUUCAAGCGUUCUUCCAAACAAGCAUCUGAUCACGUGAAGGACUUUGUUCUUCCCACACCAGACAGUGAUGUGUACACUUUCAGUGUCUCCUUAGAAGUCAAAGAAGAUGAUGGGAAAGGAAAUUUUAGCCCUGUGCCAAAGGAUAGAGAUAAAUUGUACUUCAAGCUUAAACAGGGAAUUGAGAAGAAAGUGGUGAUCACAGUUCAGCAACUUUCCAACAAAGAACUGGCCAUUGAAAGGUGCUUUGGGAUGUUGCUAAGCCCUGGACGAAACGUGAAGAACAGUGACAUGCAUUUACUAGACAUGGAAUCCAUGGGAAAGAGUUCUGAUGGGAAGGCUUAUGUCAUUACUGGAAUGUGGAAUCCUAAUGCGCCCAUGUUUCUAGUACUUAAUGAGGAAACUCCAAAAGAUAAGCGUGUGUUCAUGACUGUGGCUGUGGACAUGGUUGUCACUGAGGUGGUGGAGCCAGUCAGGUUCCUGCUGGAGACCGUGGUGCGUGUGUACCCUGCCAACGAACGCUUCUGGUACUUCAGCAGGAAAACCUUCACAGAAACUUUCUAUAUGAAGCUAAAACAGUCUGAAGGAAAAAGCCACACAAGUGCUGGAGAUGCAAUUUAUGAAGUUGUCAGCCUGCAAAGAGAAUCUGCCAGAGAGGAAGAAUUAGUCACCCCAACAAGUGGAGGAGGGCCUAUGUCAUCCCAGGAAGAUGAGGCAGAAGAAGAGAGUGAUAAUGAACUCUCCAGUGGCACUGGUGAUGUGUCAAAGGAUUGUCCUGAGAAGAUUUUGUAUUCCUGGGGAGAGUUACUGGGGAGAUGGCACAAUAACCUUGUUGUGAGACCAAAUGGGCUAUCCACUCUGGUGAAGAGUGGUGUUCCAGAAGCACUGAGGGCAGAGAUCUGGCAGCUGCUGGCAGGAUGCCAUGACAACCAGGCAAUGCUGGACAAAUACAGAUUGCUCAUCACAAUGGAUUCUGCUCAGGAGAGUGUCAUCAAACGAGAUAUCCAUCGUACAUAUCCAGCACAUGAUUAUUUUAAGGAUACAGAAGGAGAUGGGCAGGAAUCUCUGUACAAAAUCUGUAAGGCCUAUUCUGUCUAUGAUGAAGACAUUGGCUAUUGCCAGGGACAGUCCUUCCUUGCAGCUGUGCUUCUGCUUCAUAUGCCAGAGGAGCAGGCAUUCUGUGUAUUUGUGAAAAUAAUGUAUGACUAUGGCUUGAGGGACCUCUACAGAAAUAACUUUGAAGAUCUCCACUGCAAAUUUUUCCAACUGGAGAAGUUGAUGCAGGAGCAGUUACCAGACUUGCACAGCCAUUUCUCAGACCUCAAUUUGGAAGCUCACAUGUAUGCAUCCCAGUGGUUUCUCACUCUUUUUACUGCCAAGUUUCCACUCUGCAUGGUCUUCCACAUCAUUGACUUACUACUUUGUGAGGGUAUGAACAUAAUCUUCCAUGUGGCUUUGGCUCUUUUAAAGACCUCCAAAGAGGACCUUCUCCAGGCUGAUUUUGAAGGAGCUUUAAAAUUCUUCAGGGUUCAGUUGCCCAAGAGGUACAGAGCUGAGGAGAACGCCCGGAGACUCAUGGAACAAGCUUGCAAUAUUAAGGUGCCAACGAAAAAGCUGAAGAAAUAUGAGAGAGAGUACCAAACAAUGCGAGAGAGCCAGCUGCAGCAGGAGGAUCCUAUGGACAGAUACAAGAGGGAGAACCGCAGGCUCCAAGAAGCAAGCAUGAGGCUGGAGCAGGAGAACGAUGACCUUGCCCAUGAGCUUGUGACCAGCAAAAUUGCCUUAAGGAAUGACCUGGACCAGGCUGAAGACAAAGCAGAUGUUUUGAACAAGGAACUUCUUGUGACCAAACAGAAGCUAGUGGAGACUGAGGAAGAGAAAAGGAAGCAGGAAGAGGAAACUGCUCAGCUGAAGGAAGUCUUCAGGAAGCAGCUGGAGAAGGCAGAAUCUGAGAUCAAGAAAACCACAGCCAUUAUUGCAGAGUAUAAACAGAUUUGUUCCCAGCUGAGCACCAGGCUGGAGAAGCAACAAGCAGCCAGUAAGGAUGAACUGGAAGUUGUGAAGGGCAAAGUGAUGGCCUGCAAACACUGCAGUGAGAUUUUCAGCAAGGAGGGGGCACUGAAGGUGCCUGCUGUAAGCACGGACAACAAAGGCAUCGAGACAGACGAUGAGAAGGAUGCACUGAAGAAGCAGCUGAGAGAGAUGGAGCUGGAGCUUGCACAGACCAAACUGCAGCUCGUGGAAGCCAAGUGCAAAAUUCAGGAGCUGGAGCACCAGAGAGGAGCCCUUAUGAAUGAAAUCCAAGCUGCCAAAAACUCUUGGUUUAGCAAAACGCUGAACUCUAUCAAAACGGCCACAGGCACACAGGCGCCGCCGCCACAGCCGCCGGUGCCUCCCAGAGAGGGCAGCACAUAGUCCAGCCACGGCCAGCCCCAGAGCACAAAGAACAACACAAACCUGGGAGGAUUCUUCCACUGGUCUCUCCUCCUGGGCAAAGGACAAUGAGGCAGGAGUGCAGGCUUGAAGUGAAAUUCUUCAGUGUUUUUCAUUCAUUUUCUGAUGUGACCCUUUUUCAAAGGGGGGAAAAAAUGUCCUGGUUUAUGUUGAGUUCCUACUUCCCAUACUGCCUUGCUGAAAGCCACGUUCCGAUACCUUCAUACUUUUACACUUUAUUUUAUAUGACUAGAUGUUAAAUAAAUAUUUCAAAACUAGGUCUUUAAUACACAUCUAAUUUGAAAUUAUUAUUGUCUUGCAUAGAAGCUUUUUCUUCUUCUGGAGGAAGAGAGAGAAUGGAAAAUGUACAGUACUGCAGCAUCAUCUCUCCCUAGAAAGCACAGUGUAAGACAUUGAGGAUAACUUAGGCCCUGGGACCAUCUCAGAAGUUUAUCUCAGCAACUGCAUCCUGCAGAAAAGCACUUUUUGUAAAGCUUAGGCCAUAGCAAAGGUAGGCUUGUGCUCUCCUGGCACAAUUGCUAUGAGCUUCCCUUACAACUCCUUCCUUUGGAUUGGUUUUUCUUCAGAAAUACAAGCAGUGCAGUUUUUGUAACACCGUUGUUUAAAAGCUAUUUACAGCCCAACUGGAAUUUAACCUAAAGUUCCCUAGUUCCCUUUUUUAAAUUCAUGUUUAUAUUAAGAAUUCCAAGGAAUAAUUCCUUCCACUGGGAUAAAGGGAGAACGAUUUUGACACUUAUUUGAUGUUUUUGCUGAGAAGCAGAGCAGAGACCUUGCAUGGUUUUGACCUUUUGUAAAUCCUGUGCAAUAAAGGGUAGGUUUUGUGAAUAAAAGUAAUGAAAACUCUGCCCUGGGUCUAUAUUCAGAUUCCAAAUUUGACACAGAAAUGAGGU